CUGUACCGUAGAUAAUCGUCGAAAUGUCAUUGUAUUUCGUCAUUGCUCGCUCGUAGAAGCUAUAUAAGGUGGGGGCAAGGUCACCUUGGCGAAUCCACAUCCCUGAACUGUCAGUCCAGUAGAAUAGCGGUGCGCCAGCUGCAACGGUUCAGUCUCUGUUCGACGGUCAAAGAAUAGUGUUGAAGGAAGAAUUCUUGUCGAGAUAUCUGCAGAAAAUGGCAACAUUGAAGGCUCAACUUUUAACUACUGUGACAGAACCGAUGUCAACCGGUAGAAAUAAAAUCACAGUGGUCGGUGUCGGGCAGGUUGGAAUGGCCUGUGCUUUCAGUGUUUUGACGGACCAUGUUUCGAGCGACGUGGUAUUAAUCGACGUGAUGGCGGACAAACUAAAAGGAGAGAUGUUAGAUUUGCAACAUGGGAGUGCGUUUAUGAAGAACGCAAAAGUGAACGCCAGCACUGAUUACGCCGCGACUGCAAAUUCGAGUCUUUGCAUCGUGACAGCGGGCGCUCGUCAGCGCGAAGGCGAAACCAGAUUAGACUUGGUUCAACGUAACACCGACAUCUUCAGAGGCAUUAUACCGCAGUUAGUCAGAUAUAGCCCGAACACGGUUCUCCUUAUCGUUUCCAAUCCGGUGGAUAUUUUGACAUAUGUGGCAUGGAAACUUUCCGGCCUGCCAAAGAACAAAGUUAUUGGCAGUGGUACGAACCUGGAUUCUGCUCGUUUCCGCUUUCUGUUAUCGCAAAAACUCAAUGUCGCACCGACAUCUUGCCACGGCUGGAUUAUCGGAGAACAUGGCGAUACCAGUGUGCCUGUAUGGUCUGGCGUCAACGUUGCCGGAGUACGUUUGCGUGAUUUGAACGAGCACGUGGGCACUGAUAAAGACGAGGAGCAUUGGAAUGAGUUGCACAAGCAGGUGGUACAAAGUGCGUAUGAAGUAAUCAAACUAAAAGGCUACACCUCAUGGGCCAUAGGUCUCAGUGCGUCGCAACUUGCAUCAGCUAUAUUAAGGAAUUCGAAUCAAGUGCACGCUGUGUCCACGUUGGUUACCGGUCAUCAUGGAAUUGAUGAAGAAGUGUUCUUAUCUUUACCUUGCACGCUGGGUGAAGAUGGCGUCACGCAUAUCGUUCAGCAGAAGUUAACAGACAACGAGCUUGCAUCAUUGCACAAAUCCGCAGAGAUGAUGCACAAAGUGCAAGAAGGCCUUAAAUUUUAGGAAUAUAUUAACUUUGUUAAUUUUAUUUUUUAUCUGAUUUACAUUUCAAUGCAUGUCUUUGAUGCCGUUCCAUAUGCAGCUUACAUGUAUUUAGACAUGUAUUAGAUAAACGCAGUAUUAUAUGCAAGUUUUAUAAAUGUUAUAAAUUAACAAAGUAUUGUGGCGAUCGCGGUGCAGAGUUGCGCGCUGCUCUGGUGAUUUGAAAACCCUAGUUCAAAUCCAUCCAAGCCCCGUUGGUUUUUAGUUGGAUCUCCACCUCUCGAAAGAAGCGGCAGCCCCCCUUUUCCUUGAGAGAGAAGUAUCUUGUCACACAAGCGUCUUUCUGCAGAGCCGUCUCGGAGUCGGCGUUAAACUGUAGGUCCCGUAUAUCUGACGCAUAGAUAUAUGCAUAGACAUAGUAAAUAUAGACUGAGUAUCCCAUUGAAUAAGCUGAAGCUUGUGAAGAGAGAGACAGAGAAGAUUUAAGAGGACUUUCUUUCUCUGUCUUACCACCGUGACAAGGGAGAAUCACGGCCUGUGUAGUACUGCAGGCACGAUUCUUAUCUUCUACGAUGGUGCAAGACAGAGAAAGAAAGUCUUCUUAAAUCUUCUCUCUCUUUCUCUCUUCGCAAGCUUCAGCUUAUUCAAUGGGACGCUCAGUCUAUAUUUACUAUGUCUAUGGAUACAUGCCAAGAGAGGUUGCGACGCUUAAAAAUCAAAACUUCUACGAUUUGUGAAAUUUCUAGCUUUUUCUGCCAGAAAUGUCAAUGAUGGAAACUUCGUGUCAGUACCGUGACAGGAAGCCAUGAAAGCAAAUUCUUGUCCCCCCCUCCCUGAGAUAAUUAUAAUUAACAAAGUAAUUUUUAUAAACAUUUGCAACUGUAUACCUAAUCGACAUGAAUACCAUUUGUGUGUACAUGUGUGAAAAAGCUAUAAGGAAUACGGAGUGUUUGUGGUGCUAUAUAUAUUUAUCUUUUAUUAUUAUAAUUUUUAUUUUGGAGUGUGACAGACAUACCUCUCAUUAUCAUCUAUUUUUAUUUUUUUUCUACAAUAUUGUAAUUAUUUAUGACAUUAUACAUUUCAUAAAUUUGACGAUUUAAUCAUUUCUAGCAAUUUUAUGCCAAAUGAUAAAGCACGCAAGGAUAUUUAUAUAAUUUAUAUACAUAUAUACAUAUGAUAAAC